ACCUUUGAAAACCACUUUGAACAAGUUUGGUUAUGGAUUUUUGGAAUCUACUGCGGCAACAUCGCACUGGGAAUAAUUUUCAAUGGAAUUUCUUUCUUUGCGUUGAUGAAAACUAAAAGAAACGGCACAUUAUCAAUAAUAACUCAACUUACAUCAAUCGACAUGUUUUCUUCUUGGAUCUGUAUCGUGGAACUCCUUUCACUUAAAAACAACGCGUGGACUUUUUCAUCGGAGCUUUGUCCUUUAUUUGCCGGUUCGGAAACUCUCUGCAAUACUCUCACAUUGUACUUAAUCAUAUCACUUAACUACCAUACGAUCUCUCUCUGUAAUAUGAAAACUCCUCCGACAAGCUCGUGUGACGCGUCGCAGGAGUGUCUGGUUCGCGAUGUCAUAACCUCUUCAAGUUCAAGUUCAACUUCAACAUCAGGACAAACAAAUUUAACCUCAAUAUCAACUGCCGCAAGGCCUGUUUUUAACGAAAAACAAGACAUAUCUGUUGUUAUUCCCUGUAUUCUCAUCUGGUUUACUUGUUUGUCACUUAGCAUACCACAAUUUACAUUAUCCUCUACGAUUGAGAGCUAUUCAACGAAAAAUGUUACUUGUACGUGUACAUUAAUGGACAACAGUCAAAUUCUGAUCAAUUUACUCGCGAUAUUUAAAGUUUUUAUUCCUUGCGUUUUAAUUAGUAUUUCCAUUGGUAUAUUGAUUUAUAAAUUGGUGCAGAGUGUGAGAAAUGAGAGCAUACCCGCCAUUUUUACUAAAAAGUGCCAUAACAUUGUAUAUUAUUUAAUAUUUUGCUUGGUUUUGAACUUUUUGUAUGUUUGUACUUCAAUGCAAAGAUUAAUUCUGUACGCAAUGCACGCAUACUCGACGCCAUCGUUGAAAACAGCAAGGAUUUACAAACUGCCGCCAUUGUUCAAUGAAUUUACCGGAAGUUGGAUCGCCAUUGCGCUUUGUAUGUUGCACUACAGCGGAACUUUCUUGAGAUUUUUGAUUUAUGUCUUUCUAUUGCCUAAAUUUAAGUCGAUUUUAUGCAAUAACUUUUUAACUUGUUUCAAACCAAAGGAAUUAUAAAUAUUAAAUUGUGUAUACAUCC